UGUGCAACUGCACCAGUAGUGGUUUUCGCCGUCGUCGUCGUUCACUAUAUAUACGCGUCGAAUCCGCGCGCGAUAGAUCAUAGUUGCGACGGCCCAAGCAGCGCAGACGACUUUCCCGUUAACGUUACGAUCGUUUUUCCGGUGUUUUCGACGCGCGUACCGUAUCGUUGUAAAAGAAAAAAAAAACUAAACAAACUACAUCGUAAACGGUGCGAAAAUAUUGCUGUUGUUGUUGUCGUCGCGCACACGCGCACGUCCCAGACGUUUCUUCCCGUGUACGAUCGAUCAAUCGCCUACGCACGUCGAGGAGAACACGGGCGCACACCGCUGUGAUACAUUUUGUCGUACGCGCACACCACGUACGUGCGCCAACAGGAAGGACCAGUGGUGCCAGGACGUCGGUCCGGACGAGGAAGCGGCGCGGAUCUACGUCAGGCCGAGGACAUGGUGGUGCACAGCGGCGCGUGCGGCGACCGGGUGCGUGGCGUCCUGUGCGGUUAUCUGCCGAUACUGACGUGGAUGCCGGGCUACCGGAAGUCUGACCUGCUGUACGACGCGGUGUCGGGCAUCACGGUUGCGCUCACGCUGAUGCCUCAAGCCAUAGCAUACGCAUCUCUAGCCGGACUGGACCCACUCUUUGGACUGUAUUCGGCAUGCUUCGGCGGUCUGAUGUACAUCAUAUUCGGAUCGGUACGGCAAAUCACCAUCGGUCCUGCGUCCGUUGUCGCAUUGCUCACGUUCAACUACGUUAAUCCAGCGUUCCCGACGACAGCGGUGAUCCUGUGUUUUGUUUCUGGCAUAGUCGAGGUGGUCUGUGGAUUUUUGCAUUUGGGAUUCGUGGUAGAAUUCGUAUCGAUGCCGGUAACAGGUGGAUUUACGACAGCUGCAGCCAUCAUCAUGGCUUCAUCUCAAUUAAAAGAUUUGUUCGGUGUUUCUUAUAAAGCUAAGAACAGCAUGGAAAUGUGGAUUAAAUUUAUCUCUAACAUCAAAAACAUCCGAAUGACAGACACCGCGAUGGGGUUAAUAUGUAUCAUCACGUUGAUUGGAUUGAAGAGCUUAAAGUCGUUAAAAGUUGACGCCAAAGGGAUGCGCUCAAAAUUAUGUUCAAUCUUAUUAUUCGUGCUGACCACCGGAAGCAAUGUGCUGGUGGUAAUCGUUUCAUCAGCCGUAGCAUACGCUUCCAUCGAUCAGAACCAAUCACCAUUAGUAUUAACAGGUCAUAUAGCUAGCGGCAUACCACAAUUUCGGUUUCCAUUUUUGGACUACGAAGACGAAGACGAGAAAUUUACAUUUUUUGAGGGCUUGUCAAGGUUAUGGCCCGGCGCGAUAGUCGUACCGCUGGUAUCGAUCUUGAGCACCGUGUCCGUCGCCAAGGCGUUUAGCGGCGGAAAAGUGAUCGACGCGUCUCAAGAGAUGGUGGCUUUGGGAAUGUGCAAUAUUUUCGGCUCGUUCAUGGGAUCAAUGCCGGUCGCAGGCAGCAUGACUAGAUCCGCACUGAACCAUACCACCGGUGUUCGCACGACGUUCAGCUCGAUAUUUACCUCUAUUCUGGGCAUGUUGUCGCUGCUGUACUUGACGCCUGUUCUCUAUUACAUACCCAAGGCGAGUCUAUCGGCCGUGCUCAUAUGCGCCGUGACGUCGAUGGUCCGAUACGAUAUGGUAAUCUCACUGUGGAAGACCAACAAACGCGAUUUGGUACCGUUUGCGACAUCCUUCGUCGCGUGUUUGAUUUUCGGAGUGGAAUUAGGACUACUCUUCGGCAUAUGCGUCGAUUUGCUGUGUGUGCUCUACCGCAGCGCGAGACCAUCGAUUUCAAUCGAAAAGACCACCAACUCAACGGGUCACGUUAAGUGGAUUGUCAAACCCAGCAGCGGAUUGAUGUUUCCCGCGGUGGAUUACAUGCGACAAAAAAUCAUAGAGGAGUUGUCGCCUCUAGACCGAGCUAGCAAACCGAGUGUUAUCAUCGUGAACUGCACUCACUUUGAUAAGAUUGACUUCACGGCUGCUCAAGGAAUAAAAUCAUUGGUAAACGAACUGAACGUGGAAUCUUGUCGACUCGAACUGGUCAACGCCAAGAGAUCCGUUGCGACCAUACUGGAAGCCACCUUGCACGUAAAAAUUUUAAACGUACCAUCCAUACAAGACUCCCCUAAAAAAUGCAAUACGAGAAAUUUAAAUUCGGGUCCAAAUGAUCAAUUCGGGAUACCGGUUAACUCAACCGGUUAUAAUGACAUUGAAUCUAUGACGCUAAACGAAAUGAAAAUAAAAAAUGAAUGUGAACGCAUGGCUUGAGUGAUUCUUAAUCCAAA